CAAGUCGUUCAACCAUAUCGGGUUGGAGAAUGUACUGUACAUUUUCCAUUACUGCAAAACUACCAGAAAAAAGAAUAAAAAACUUUCUUCUGCUGAAAUCAAAUUUCUCUGCAGCACAAACCUGAUCUCCGACUACAUUCAUGGCGGCCGACGACGCAGUGGUGGCAGUGAACGGCUUCAACUUCCAGCAGAGGCACGGCAAGGAGCGAGUGAGAGUGGCGCGGGUUUGGCGGAACAGAGACGGCCGCCAUUUCAUCGUUGAGUGGAGCGUUGGCAUCAGUAUCCUCUCCGAUUGCGUCUCCGCCUACGUUCGCGAUGAUAAUUCCGAUAUCGUCGCCACCGAUACUAUGAAGAACACUGUAUAUGCAAAAGCGAAGGAAUGUUCGGAGCAAAUUUCAGUGGAAGAUUUUGCAAUUCUUCUUGCCAAGCACUUCACAUCAUACUACAAGCAGGUUACUACCGCAAUAGUGAAGAUUGUAGAAAAGUCAUGGGAGCGUGUAUCUGUCAAUGGUCAACCACACAACCAUGGCUUCAAACUUGGAUCUGAAAAGCACACUACAGAGGUGAUAGUUAAGAAGUCAGGUGCAUUACAAGUGACCUCUGGUAUUGAGGGAUUGUCUUUGCUGAAGACAACUCAAUCAGGUUUUGAGCGAUUUAUUAGGGAUAACUACACGGUUCUUCCUGAGACACGAGAGAGGAUAUUGGCUACCGAGGUCUCUGCUUCGUGGAGGUAUUCAUUUGAAGCUCUCUAUAGUAUCCCCAAAAAGCAGUUUUACUUCACGGAAACAUACCUAGAUGUGAAAAAAGUGUUAGUUGACACUUUCUUUGGUCCUCCGAAAGAGGGAGUUUAUAGUCCAUCUGUUCAAUACACUCUUUAUGACAUGGCAAAGAGUGUCCUCAGCAGGUUCCCUGUUAUAUCAUUGGUGAAGCUGAAAAUGCCAAAUCUCCACUUCUUACCUGUCAAUAUAUCAACAAAAGACAAUCGGAGUAUCGUAAAGUUUGAGGAUGAUGUGUAUCUGCCAACAGAUGAACCCCAUGGAUCAAUUGAAGCUUGCUUGAGCCGCUUCUCUUCAAAGCUAUGAAGAAAUUUAGCAUUUUUCUGCUUUCUCAAUAUCAACAAUAUCACGAGUCAGGUUCUUCCUUUCCCUUUGUAGAAAAGUGUGCGUAUACAUCUGCAGAAACUCUCAGUUUUAGUUUAAAACUGUGAUGAAAAAAGCAGAUGAAAAAAUUUACUAUGAUUUUCACUUUCCUCUCAAUUCCAUAAUGAUAUAUAAGCUGGAUUUAAAAUGUGCUCUAUCAAAA